UGUUCACCACGUCACGUCACAUCACGCCUCGCCUCGCCUCGCCUCACCUCGUCUCGCGGUCUGCGCGCGCGAUCGGUCCACGUCGGGAGCACCGACGAGUCGACGACGCGCCCGAGGAGAGAUCGGCGUGCGUGCAUGCCUGCGUGCGUGCGCGCGGACAACGAAUAUGUGAGCGGACGCGCGUAUCGGUCAGUGCGUUGCUGAGAGACGAUCGGUGGUGAACGAGAGAAAGAGAGAGAGAGAGAGACGAGCUGCCCCGCGUCGUUCCCGGCGCGCCACACUCCGUUCUCGGCUCUCGGCUGCGAGGGCCUCGACGAGGGACGGCGCCCCGCGGGCGCAAGCCGCGCCGAGGAUGUCGUUCGAGGGGAAGUACAACGCGAAGAGCCCGGCGGUGAAGAGGUUAAUGAGGGAGGCGCAGGAGCUGCACGAAGCUACCGAGGAGUAUUACGCGUCUCCCCUGGAGGACAAUCUGUUCGAGUGGCACUUCACGGUGCAGGGACCGCCGUCCACGGACUUCGAGGGUGGCGUUUAUCAUGGGAGAAUCCUGCUACCACCAGAGUACCCUAUGAAGCCGCCGAAUAUCAUCCUGUUGACACCGAACGGACGGUUUGAGAUCAACAAGAAGAUAUGCCUGAGCAUCUCUGGCCAUCACCCUGAAACGUGGCAACCGUCGUGGAGUAUUAGAACGGCGUUGCUGGCUCUGAUAGCUUUCAUGCCCACGCCCGGGAGCGGCACGAUUGGAGCGUUGGAUUACAGCACGGAGGAACGGCAGAAGCUUGCUGAAAAAUCACUCAACUGGCAGUGCGAUACGUGUGGUAAAGUCAUGAACUUGUUAUCCAAGAACUCCGUGAAGAGACCCAUCACCGAGGAGGAGCAAACUAUGUUGAAAACAAUUGCUCUCAAAGCUGACGACUCACCUACGUCGGAUGUGUUGUUCACGGAUAACAUGGCAAGUGUAUCCGAGAGCGAGAUACGGCAUCGUAACGUGGAGCCGAUUCCGGCAGAAAAUGCAGACCGCCAGCAACCUGAAAUUAUCCUAAAUCACGUAGAGACAAUGUCGUCUUCGAACGAUUUAUUUUGGAGUAUUCUCAUCGCUUCUUUAGUGUCCGCAAUUAUUUUGUUAAUUUUACGACGGUUAUUUCUGGUUUAACUUAUUCGAAUUUCUCUGCAAAGCACAGGAGAGCAGUAAAUUGUAUAUUGUCAUAUGAGAAAUAUAAAUAUUACGAACCACCU